AUGGUGAACUUGAGCCUCCUCCUCUUACACUUUCUUAUCUCAUCUCUCUCGGUCUCAGGCUCAGCAGCCACUGAUCAGAGAAAUAUUAUGUCUUGUCUUAACUAUUAUAAUAUCAGCAACUAUACCAUCUCCUCUAACGUACAUAAUCAUGACUACUCUAUUCUUCUCAACUUUUCCAUUCAAAAUCUUCGUUUUGCUGAACCCACAAUUCCUAAGCCAAUAGCUAUUAUCUUACCGGAGAAUAAAGAGCAACUUAUCAACACUGUCGUGUGUUGUACAAUAGGGCCAUGGGAGAUUAGAGUAAGGUGUGGUGGCCAUAGCUAUGAGGGUACUUCAUCGGUAGCUAGUGAUGGGGCUCCAUUUGUGAUUAUAGACAUGAUGAAUCUAAACCGUGUUUCCGUGGAUUUGGGAAAUGAAACAGCAUGGGUGGAAGGUGGUGCAACACUUGGUGAGACAUACCAUGCUAUUGCCGAGUCAAGUGACACUCAUGGAUUCGCAGCAGGAUCAUGUCCUACGGUAGGGACUGGUGGUCAUAUUGGUGGUGGUGGCUUUGGGUUUUUGUCUAGGAAAUAUGGGCUAGCAGCUGAUAAUGUGAUUGAUGCUCUUCUCCUUAAUGCAGAGGGUGAAUUAUUAGACAGGCAAGCCAUGGGAGAAGAUGUAUUUUGGGCAAUUAGAGGUGGUGGUGGUGGCAUAUGGGGAAUCGUUUACGCUUGGAAAAUUAAGUUAUUGAAAGUACCAAAAACCGUAACCAGCUUCAUUGUGUCUAGACCGGGCACCAUAGCACAUGUAGCCAAUUUAGUAAACAAAUGGCAACAUGUUGCUCCAAAUUUAGAAGGUGAUAUGUAUUUGUCAUGCGCUGUUGGUGCUGGCCUGCCUCAGGCUAAGUCUAUUGGCAUAUCAGCAACAUUUAACGGCUUCUUCCUCGGUCGAAAAAGAGAAGCUGUUUUGAUCCUAGGUCAGGUUUUUGCCGAAUUGGAUGUCUCCGAGGAAGCUUGCAAGGAAAUGAGUUGGAUUGAAUCAGUGUUAUUCUUCUCUGGUCUAGGUGAUGGAGCCAUAGUCUCAGACCUCAAGAACAGGUACCUGCAUGACAAGCAUUACUUCAAGGCCAAAUCAGACUACGUAAGGAAUCCAAUUUCUCUUACGGGCAUAAGAACUGCCAUCGACAUUCUUGAAAAGCAGCCCAAAGGAUAUAUAAUCAUGGACCCUUAUGGUGGCAUAAUGAACAACAUAAGCAACGACUCAAUUGCUUUUCCUCAUAGAUAUGGGAAUUUGUAUACAAUACAAUACCUGGUCGAGUGGCAUCAAGAAGAAAAAAACAGAAGCAAUGAAUAUAGAGAAUGGAUAAGAGAUUUUUAUGAUGCAAUGGCUAGCCAUGUUUCAUGGGGUCCAAGGGCAGCUUAUGUAAAUUACAUGGACUUUGACCUUGGGGUGAUGGAAUUAAUUAACACUAGUGUCCUAUCUGAAGAUACCGUUGAGAUGGCUAGAGUUUGGGGUGAAAAAUACUUCUUGAACAACUAUGAUAGGUUGGUGAAAGCCAAGACACUGAUUGAUCCAAACAAUGUUUUCAAAAACCAACAGGGUAUUCCUCCCUCCACCACUACUGGUCUCAAGGCACGUGCUUUCUAG